AUGGGUAUCUCAAUUGCUACUUCCCCAGCUCAACACAAUGACUCCGUUAAGCCCUCACCAAUGACUGAGAAACGAGCUUCUCGUUCGGCCAAUUCAGCUCGACACUUUGUAUCAGGUCUUGGCUCGGGUGUUACAUCAGCUGUUCUCUUGCAACCUCUGGAUCUUCUCAAGACACGAGUGCAGCAGUCUAGAAGCUCAUCACUGGGCGCUACAAUACGUGACUUGAGGAAAUCCUCAAGCCUCGUGCAGUCACUCUGGAGAGGUACCGUCCCCUCCGCGCUGCGAACGGGUUUCGGCUCAGCUCUCUACUUCACCACCCUCAAUGCCAUUCGCCAGCAUGCACACCAGACAGGCAUUCUUGGUCGCCGUCUUCAAACGCAGGGCCGUUCAUCAGUUCUGCCCUCACUAACAAAUUCGGGAAACCUCAUAUCCGGCGCAGUUGCAAGGACAUUUGCCGGUUUUGUUCUAAUGCCCCUCACCGUGAUCAAGGUUCGGUUUGAAUCCAGCUUGUAUGCUUAUCCUUCUAUCAUGUCCGCUGUCAGUGACAUUCGGCGGACCCAUGGUUGGCGUGGGUUCUUCUCGGGAUUUGGUGCCACGGCAUUGCGUGACGCACCAUAUGCUGGCAUGUACGUGCUCUUCUAUGAGAUGCUCAAGACACGCCUGGGAUCGCUGGCCUCUAAACCGAUCGUUUCGGGCGAAGGUCCAACCAGGAUGCAAGCUACCCUGGCUAGCUCGGUCAACUUUGCCUCUGCUAUGCUUGCUGGCGCAGCAUGCUCGGUAGUGUCAAACCCCUUCGAUGCGGUCAAGACACGCAUCCAACUACAGCCAACAGAGUAUCAGAACAUAUGGCACGCUUGGUACAAGAUGAUAACACAAGAGGGUGUCAGGUCAUUAUGGGAUGGACUGGCGUUGCGGAUGAGUCGCAAGGCUAUGAGUUCCGCACUGGCUUGGACGGUUUAUGAGGAGUUGAUUCGCAGAGCUGGAGCAAAGUAA